ACCCCAGAGUCACUGUGGCCCCUGGGACCCCAGGGUCCAAGGUUCCGUCUGAGACAGGGUGCACAGAGUCCCUGAUGUCCCCAACCACCAGCCAGCACCUCUGGUCCCAUCCAAGCAGCCAGCAUGCCCAUCACCAAGUGCCCGCAGAAGGUGAAGUCCCUGUGGAAGGAGUGGGACCAGAAGGCCCAGAAGAACGGGCUGCGACACCAGGUGUAUGCUGUCAACGGUGACUGCUACGUGGGCGAGUGGAAGGGCAACAUGAGGCAUGGAAAAGGGGCACAGAUCUGGAAGAAGAAAGGUACCGUCUACGAAGGGGACUGGAAGCUUGGGAAACGAGAUGGCUACGGCACCCUCAGCAUUCCUGACCCAGACACGGGAAAGUACAGGAGAGUUUACUCGGGAUGGUGGUCAGGCAACAAGAAAUCGGGCUAUGGGAUCCAGUUUUUCGGACCGAAGGAGUACUAUGAGGGUGAGUGGUGUGGAAACCAGCGCAGCGGGUGGGGCCGCAUGUACUUCAGCAACGGCAACAUCUACGAGGGCCAGUGGCUGAACGACAAGUACCACGGGGAAGGCAUGCUGCGGCUGAAGAAUGGAAACCGCUACGAGGGCUAUUGGCAGAGAGGCAUGAAGAACGGGGCCGGGCGAUUCUUCUACCUGGACCAUGGCCAGCUGUUCGAGGGCUUCUGGGUGGAUGACAUAGCCAAGUGUGGCACCAUGAUCGACUUUGGCCGUGAUGAGGCCCCUGAGCCCACCCAGUUCCCCAUUCCUCAGAUCACAAUCCUAGACCCUGACAACGUGCUGAAGGAAGCCAUGGACAGGUUCAAGUCCACUGCAGAAGAGGAGGAGGAGGAAGAGAACGAGACAAAGGAGGAGGAGGAGGAAGAGAAGGAGUAGUAGAAGGGAGAAGACGGAGGCCAGAAGAAUGCUGAGCUCAGCCCUUGAGGUGAAACCCAAGCACGCGUCACCAAACUGCUCAGACCAGUGCUGCUCACCCUGGGGAGAGUGGUGGCCACUCCCGACACACCCUUGGCACCUGCAGAGGGCACCUCAUUCCUCCCGGAACUGGAUCCUUAUUUGCCUAUGGGACUGCCUAUGGGGGAGCGGGGUUUUCCCUUGCCCCUCACAGCCUUCACCCCAACACCUUUCCCUAAGUGCCUGGGAAUAAAAGAGAGCCAGGUAUGUCAGCAGGGCUGCAGGCUGAGGCAGGGAGACGGCGUACUCCAGCAGGGGUGCUGGGUGGAGAAGUGGGAGAAGGUUCCAGGGCGCUACGGAUUUACAGUAAGGACAGUCACCCAGAGGGACAGAGCUAUCCCCCCCACCCUCCCCACCUGCCUCCCAGGAGCUCCGUCGGUGGUAAGAAUUUAGAUUAAACCUGAUCGGGAACAGGACACGGGCCGCUGGUCUGGGAAUCACGUGGGAGCUCAGAUGGGGGCACCCAGGAGCCACACCCACCCAGGCUGGCUUCACUCAUCUGGGGAAAGGCCCAGGCUGCAGUCAAGUCUGCGUUGGUGAUUCUAAGGUGGAGCCAGGACCACUGCUCCUGCUGUACUAGCCUGGGGGCGCCCCUAGCCCAUGACGCCAGCUGCCUCAUUUGUGAAAUGGGGCUCAGGAGGGCUCGCAGGGCUGUUUAAAGGAUUCACUUAGAACCACUGUCGCAAUGCUAAAUAACAUGUAUCGAGGUUAAUUGCAGGGCCAGAUACCAGGGAAGAGUUUCUGGGCGAGAUUCUAACCCGGACUGCAUACCUGCGAGGAAAGAGGGGCGGGCGCAGGGUAGCAGGACAGCGUAUGCGCGCCGGAGUCUGUGAAUCCCCGCAGCGACAAGGGUGUCAACUGUGCCCUUGGGAAUGUCAACCUCCCAGCCUUUAGGUGCCCUUGUGACACCGGAACGGUAAUGUUACCCACCAGGGAGAGGUAUCGCAAUGAUAAAAAAAGAGUCCGUGGCUCUCAACGCAGGCGAUUUCGGCUACCUGUCGGGCUGCUAACGGCAAGGUGGAUGGUUCAAACCCUCUGGCCACUUCAAGGGUGAAAGAUGAGGCUUUCUGCUCCUGUACAGAUUUACAGCCUCGGGAACCUGCAAAGGCAGUCUUACUGAGUUGGGAUCAUCUCAAAGGGUUUGGCUCUUUUUGUUGUUUUCACGGCACUGUUGGCAGAAAUGGGAGAUGCUACUGGCAGCAGGAAGGAGGUAGAGGUCAGGCAUGCUGCUGACCUACAAAGCUCAGGGCAGCCCCAUGCCGAGAAUAAUCCAGCCCUUCAUGCCCAGUGUGAGGGGAAGGAACCAAGGUCCCAGAGGCUGGCAAAGCCCUCAGCUGCAUGGAGCAAACAAUAACGGCUCCAAUGGCCCUUCUCUCCCUAAGUUGUGAUGGGGUUGUCUGACCAGGGGCUGAGCGGUCAGCUGAGCCUAGCCACCCUGGGAUGCAGGCCUACCAGGAAUCAGCCAGGCACAGUGCUGACAUGUGUCUCCCCGCAGCCUGGAGGUGGUCUGGCUAUUUACACCAUUUUAGAAGUGGAUACGGAGGUUCACAAGUCACCAGGGUAGAGUGCCUGGCAGGCCAGCCGUGAACAGGAAAAGCAAAAGCGUGUUGUGUGUAGGGUGCCCUUGUGUGUUCAGAAACUCUACGUGAGAGCCACAGCCUCUAGGAACAACGGGGAGGGAGAGGACUUUUCACUGUUGUGCUUGGAACCAUGGGCCUGUUGUCUACGCAACAUACAAAUAAAACAAAAGACUGUAUUCUGAA